UAAUUCUGGGCGUCAAAAGUGGAAGCUGGCUCAGAACAAGCGAGGAGAUACGGACCGCCUCCAAACUCCCGCGGCUCAGCACAUGAUCUGUUGCUGAAAGGACGCAGCCGGCGGAUAGAAGAAUGUGGAGAGGUCGGGUCUCUCACCUGCUGCAGGGACCGUGGUCGCUCAUCCUGUUCCUGUGCGUGUGCCUCUGCGUCCUGUACCUCUACGUCCAUGUUCAGGGCGGGCAGCAGCAGCAGCACCAGCAGCAGCAGCACCAGCCCGGGUCCGGGGAGCUGGGCACACUUCGGGACGAGGCGGCCAAGCUGCGGGAUGAGGCGGCCAAGCUGCGGGCGGAGGUAACCGGGCUGCGGGCGGAGGUAACCGGGCAGCGGGAGAAGACGGCCAAGCUGCGGGACGAGGCGGCCAAGCUGCAGGAUGAGGCGGCCAAGCUGCAGGACGAGGCGGCCAAGCUGCGGGAUGAGGCGGCCAAGCUGCGGGUGGAGGUAACCGGGCUGAGGGCAGAGGUAACCGGGCAGCGGGAGAAGACGGCCAAGCUGCAGGAUGAGACGGCCAAGCUGCAGGAUGAGGCGGCCAAGCUGCGGGAGCAGAUUUCUGCUCAGAAUGAGGUGAUCAAAAAACCGCAAGUUCAGGACCAGGACUUGCAAUCCAAAAAUGACAAAAUGCAAGAUGAUCUUGAUGGGAGUCAGACUGAGAGCGGGAAGCACGGGGAACGGGUGCAAGGAUUGGAGCGCGGUUUGGAAAACAAUGAACGCCAAAAAGUAAACAUUUGGUAUCUUCCACAAAAGUGCCCGAAUCUAGCAUGUGAUACGCAGCUUUAUAACAAAUGGUGGUUCGACAUGCCUUGGGGCCUGGGCUGUUCCCUGGGCUGGCGCCUAGGCUAUUGCUUCUAAUGACAUGAAUGGCUGACCUUGAAGGUUGGAGAAACUCCUGUCUGGAGGGAAGGCAGUGGUUGGUGGUUAUAAACAGAAUGAUGAUCCUCUAGAUGUGACUGACCCUCGAGAGAACUUUGUCGUGAAGAUCUUUCCCCGCAGUCCUGCUUCACCUGAACGGUUCUGCUGAGGUGUGAAUGGACCAGUGACACCUCAGCCAUGGCCAGCAUCCUUGGCACGCCCUUGUUCAAUGAGUUGGCAAUGAGACUGCAAGCCAGGCUUGGUUGGGUGGCAAGGGUGCGGUGAUGUGGAGAUGCGUAGAGGCGUGGGGGCACGGAAUGGGAAAUGAACCACCGCGGAUAUUGGUCCCGUUCCCUCGCCUUCCCUGUUAUAGACGUUACACCUCACGUCCACCACCCUUGUACCCACAUCACACCGCCCUCUGCAUUGUUAUUUGGUUUUGGUAUUUUUUAUUUUCUUAGAAGCGAUUGUACCAGAAUAAAGCAAUCGGCAUAACAA